GUUUGAUUACAUCUGUAUUUAUGACGUUAUCAUGAAUUCGCUGUUUAAUAGAUACUACUAAUUACAUGACCAAUAAGUUAUUUAAAGCAAAAUUGAUUGAAAUGAUAAAUAUUUACAAAAGUUAAUGUUUGGCAUAAAAGUUGUCAAAACUUCACACUAAAAGUUUCAACAAAUUGAUCAAGGUUAUGGCAUUAAAGGGAGUGAAAGUGUUAGAGUUGGCCGGUUUAGCUCCGGCGCCCUUUUGCGGUCUCGUUCUCAGCGAUUUCGGCGCUCAAGUCCUUCGUAUCGAUCGGCCGCAUAACAGACAACCAGAUUGUCUGAAAAGAGGCAAAAAAUCCAUUUUCAUUGACUUAAAGUCAGCGAAAGGCAAAGAGAUUGUGAAGCGGUUGAGUGUUGGGGCGGAUGUAGUGAUCGAGCCGUUUAGGCCCGGAGUGAUGGAGUCGUUGAGUUUGGGUCCCAAAGAUUUGAUGGCAAUUAACGAUAGGCUUAUAUACGCGCGGCUCACAGGCUAUGGACAGAGCGGUCCACUCGCCAGAGCCGCCGGACAUGACAUCAACUAUUUGGCCAUUUCUGGCAUUUUAUCACGACUGGGAACAACUGACACGCCUUCGCCUCCCAUUAACAUUAUCGGCGAUUUUGCAGGCGGUGGACUGAUCUGCGCUUUAGGUAUUUGUAUGGCUCUUCUGGAGAGAACUCGUUCGGGAAGAGGACAAGUGGUCGACUCGAGUAUUACCGAAGGAACGGCUUACGUAUCGCAAUGGAUUUGGCACUCCAUGUCCGCCGAUUCUCCGGCUCGAGACCUGCUUUGGCCUCAACUGUCGAAAAGAGGGGGUAAUCUAUUGGACGGCUGUUCGCCUUUCUAUCGCUGCUAUCGAACCAAAGACGACAAAUUCAUGGCAGUCGGCGCUCUUGAGCCACAGUUUUACGACCGAUUGGUGGCAGCGCUUGGAUUGGAUGCCGACAAAUACAACAGAUAUGAUGUUAACGAUUGGCAGCGAUUGGCGGAAGCGAUCGGCGAUAUAUUUGCCACAAAAACUCAGUCCGAAUGGACGCAAGUGUUUGAAAAAGUGGACGCUUGCGUCACACCAGUCCUUGACUUGCAAUCUGUGCAUCAGUUCCCACACAAUCGGAACAGAGAGUCGUUCUUCAGCGACGGAACGCCCAAACCAUCGCCACUACUGUCGCGAACUCCAGCCGUUCACACAAAUCCAACCGGCGAUGAGAUCGUCACCAAAGAAGUUCUCCAAGAGAUGGGUUACUCAGACAAUGAGAUCAAAGAAAUGGCGGCCGAAUCGGUGAUUGAAUUGCCAGAAACUAAAUCAAAACUAUAA